AUGGGAACGAGCAACGACAUCGCAUCUGAGUCUCCAGGAACGGUGGCGAGCAGAGUGGGAUGCUACAGCAAAGAGCUAAUCUACAAUCCGACCAGAGAACCCCCUGGCAUGGACAUGAAUCGCCUAGAAUGGUCGAGAUCAAACAGGAUUCGAACAUUACAAGGACGCUAUGGACACCUACUCAAUUGCUGGAAGAUGAAGUCCAAUCCGCGGGGUGACUGCGGUCAUGAAGAUCAGACUAGGCCGCACAUUAUUUCUGAAAUGUCCGCUUCGAAAAUUCGACGACAGUAUAACUGA